GUUUGGGUCUGGGGAGGGACGCGAGGCGGCCGUAGGGGAGCGGCGUGGGCUCCGAACCCGCGGCGGGGUGCCAGGCUCGGUACCUGCGGCCGGGCGCGCUUCGCAGGCCGCCCGGGGCGCGGAGGGUGUGAGCGCGCGCCCCCUCCGUGCCCGCUCCGCUCCGCGCGCCUCUCGGGAGAGGCUCCGCCGCGAGCGCCGGGGAGCCCGCAGCCUCAGUCCCGCCGCCCGCGGAGCUUUGUGCGGCGGCCGCGGCUCCGAGUCCCACCUGCUGGCGGCGGGGAGACAAGGAAGGGGAAGAAGAGGAGGAGGAGGGGAGAGAGGCGGCGGCCGGAGCCCACUCCUCCCCCCGGCGCCCACCUCCCGGGGGCUCCGCAGUCCCGGCGCCCGGCCUGCACGCGCCCCCCGCCCCCGGCCCGGCCCGGCCUCGCGUGCUCACCGCGGCAGCCGCAGCUGCAGCCCCUCCAGCCCGGCCCGCCCGGUCCGGCCGCCGCCACCUGGAGCCGCCGGCGAGUUUGAGGCGAGCGCGGGGCGCGUGGCGCCGCCUCGAUGCGCCCGGGAGCCGCCGCGGCGCCCCAGCCCCGCUGAAGAGCCGGAGCGCAGCGGCCGCCCCGGAGGGCAGGCGGGAGGCGCGGCAGCCGCGGAGAGGGAGCCGGCGAGCGAGGCAGAGCGAGCCCCAGAGCCAGCGCAGGGAGCAGGCACCAUGCCGGGCUGGAAGAAGAACAUCCCCAUCUGCUUGCAGGCGGAAGAGCAGGAGCGAGAUGAGAGUCCCUACACUAAAUCCGCCAGCCAGACAAAGCCGCCUGAUGGAGCAUUGGCUGUGAGGAGACAGAGCAUCCCAGAGGAAUUCAAGGGCUCCACCUUCGUGGAGCUGAUGAAGAAGGAAGGCACCACCCUGGGACUGACCGUGUCGGGCGGAGUGGAUAAGGACGGCAAGCCGAGAGUCUCUAACCUGCGGCAAGGAGGCAUUGCAGCCAGAAGUGACCAGCUGGAUGUGGGUGACUACAUCAAAGCCGUGAAUGGGAUCAACCUGGCCAAGUUCCGCCAUGACGAGAUCAUCAGUUUGCUGAAGAAUGUGGGGGAGAGAGUGGUUCUUGAAGUCGAGUAUGAGCUGCCGCCAGUCUCUGUCCAAGGAUCGAGUGUUAUUUUCCGAACAGUGGAGGUCACAUUACAUAAAGAAGGCAAUACCUUUGGUUUUGUAAUACGAGGGGGAGCACACGAUGACAGAAAUAAAUCUCGUCCCGUUGUGAUAACAUGUGUUCGUCCUGGAGGGCCUGCUGACAGAGAGGGCACAAUUAAACCUGGCGACAGGCUGCUCAGUGUGGAUGGAAUUCGACUCCUGGGAACCACGCAUGCUGAAGCCAUGAGUAUUCUCAAACAGUGUGGACAAGAAGCAACGCUGCUGAUAGAAUAUGACGUCUCAGUAAUGGAUUCUGUGGCAACAGCAUCCGGGCCAUUACUAGUUGAAGUUGCCAAAACUCCUGGUGCCAGCCUUGGCGUUGCCCUUACUACCUCGAUGUGCUGUAAUAAGCAGGUCAUUGUCAUAGACAAAAUCAAAUCUGCAAGCAUUGCGGACAGGUGUGGAGCGCUGCACGUGGGCGAUCACAUCCUGUCCAUCGACGGCACCAGCAUGGAGUACUGCACGCUAGCUGAGGCGACCCAGUUCCUGGCCAACACCACCGACCAGGUCAAGCUGGAGAUCCUUCCCCACCACCAGACCCGCCUGGCGCUGAAGGGACCUGACCACGUGAAAAUUCAGAGGAGCGACAGGCAACUUACCUGGGAUUCCUGGGCCAGCAGCCACUGCAGCCUCCACACCUACCAUCACUCUAACGCGCACCACCCUGACCAUGGCAGACUGCCGGCCCUGACAUUCCCGAAAGCGCCUCCUCCAAACAGCCCUCCAGCUUUGGUGUCUUCAUCCUUCUCUCCUACCUCCAUGAGUGCAUACAGCCUGAGUUCCCUGAACAUGGGGACUUUGCCUCGCAGCCUCUACUCCACUAGUCCACGUGGAACCAUGAUGAGGAGGAGACUGAAAAAGAAAGACUUCAAAAGCUCACUGUCUUUAGCCUCCAGCACAGUGGGCUUGGCUGGCCAGGUCGUUCACACAGAAACCACAGAGGUGGUGCUGACGGCAGACCCUGUCACAGGAUUUGGGAUCCAGCUGCAGGGCAGUGUGUUUGCCACAGAGACACUCUCUUCUCCGCCUCUGAUUUCCUACAUUGAGGCUGACAGCCCUGCAGAGAGAUGUGGGGUCCUACAGAUUGGAGACAGAGUGAUGGCCAUUAAUGGAAUUCCAACCGAAGAUAGCACCUUCGAGGAAGCCAAUCAGCUCCUCCGAGACUCCUCCAUCACGAGCAAGGUCACCCUGGAAAUCGAGUUCGAUGUGGCAGAGUCUGUCAUCCCGAGUAGUGGAACAUUUCAUGUAAAGCUCCCUAAAAAGCACAACGUGGAACUUGGAAUAACCAUAAGUUCUCCGUCCAGUAGAAAACCGGGAGAUCCCCUUGUCAUUUCAGAUAUCAAAAAAGGCAGUGUGGCACACAGGACCGGAACGCUGGAACUUGGAGAUAAAUUGCUUGCAAUAGACAACAUCCGCCUGGACAACUGCUCCAUGGAAGACGCCGUUCAGAUCCUCCAGCAGUGCGAAGAUCUGGUGAAGCUCAAAAUCCGCAAAGAUGAAGACAAUUCAGAUGAGCAAGAAAGUUCCGGGGCAAUUAUUUACACUGUGGAACUGAAGCGCUACGGGGGGCCCCUCGGCAUCACGAUUUCAGGAACUGAAGAGCCAUUCGAUCCUAUAAUCAUUUCAAGCCUCACUAAAGGGGGAUUAGCUGAAAGAACCGGCGCGAUCCACAUCGGAGACCGGAUCCUGGCCAUCAACAGCAGCAGCUUGAAAGGGAAGCCCCUGAGUGAGGCCAUCCACUUGCUACAAAUGGCGGGAGAGACUGUCACCUUGAAAAUUAAGAAACAGACAGAUGCUCAGUCAGCGUCAAGUCCCAAGAAAUUCCCCACUCCCAGCCACUUGGGUGACCUGGGAGACAUGGAGGAGGACUCCUCGCCAGCACAGAAGCCGGGCAAACUCUCCGACAUGUACCCGUCCACUGUGCCCAGUGUGGACAGUGCUGUGGACUCGUGGGAUGGCUCUGGAAUCGACGCCAGCUACGGGAGUCAAGGGCCCGGCUUUCAGGCCUCGGGAUACAACUUCAACACCUACGACUGGAGGAGCUCCAAGCAGAGAGGGAGCUUGUCCCCAGUCGCUAAGCCUCGGAGCCAGACUUACCCGGAUGUGGGGCUGAGUAACGAAGACUGGGACCGCUCCACGGUCAGCGGCUUCACAGGGGCUCCUGACGGCGCGGAGGCGGAGCAGGAGGAAAACUUCUGGUCCCAGGCGCUGGAGGAUUUGGAGACCUGCGGGCAGUCGGGGAUCCUGAGAGAGCUUGAGGAGAAAGCCGACAGGCGUGUGUCUGUGAGAAACAUGACUCUCUUGGCAACAAUCAUGUCGGGGAGCACGAUGAGUUUGAAUCAUGAGGCCCCAACACCUCGCAGUCAGCUGGGGCGACAGGCCAGCUUCCAGGAACGGAGCAGCUCGCGGCCACACUAUAGCCAAACAACUCGGAGCAACACUCUGCCCUCAGAGGUGGGCAGGAGGUCCGUCCCCCUGAGGAAAAUGAAACAAGAAAUAAAGGAGAUCAUGUCCCCGACUCCGGUGGAGCUGCACAAGGUGACCUUGUACAAGAGCUCGGACAUGGAGGACUUCGGGUUCAGCGUGGCAGAUGGCCUGCUGGAGAAGGGCGUGUACGUCAAAAACAUUCGCCCCGCGGGACCGGGAGACCUCGGUGGCUUAAAGCCCUAUGACAGGCUCUUACAGGUGAAUCACGUCCGAACGCGGGACUUUGACUGCUGCCUUGUGGUGCCCCUCAUAGCGGAAUCUGGUAACAAGCUGGACCUGGUGAUCAGUAGAAACCCACUGGCCUCCCAGAAAUCUACAGACCAGACUCUCCCGGGAGGAUGGAGCGAACAGAACAGUGCUUUUUUCCAGCAGCCUAGCCAUGGUGGUAAUUUGGAGAUUCGAGAGCCCACUAAUACAUUAUAGCAACGCUUUUUAUAAAGCAGGACAAAAGACAAUAUCUACAUGGUGCUAAAAAAAAAAUCCCUUUAAGAUUUCUGUGACGUUUGAAGCACAGAUAAUCACGUGGCAUUAACUGCAAGCACAGGGGUCUUUUAAAUCUCUCUCAUGGCUCAUGUUCACUUCCCUUUCCACGUAGAAGAGGUUUCUUUUUUGGUGAUCACUAUGGUAUGUGGCAGACGAUUCCCUGCCAAGCCCAAUGGUAAAGAAACAGAAAAAGAGGUAGGCCACCCCUCCCACAAUGAACAUCGGAGGGCAUUUUUUACAAGCUCAUCUUCCUAUCGAUUUUUGGAAAACGUCUGUUUGAAAAUAGUCUCUAUGAUAAUUUCCUUAACUCACUUUGAAAUCAGUUUCUUACUAGGAAGUCAUUAAUCCGUAAAGCUGGCUCUACUGGGGGAACUAGUUUGGUGACUGCCGGGCGGCUGCUAGGGGAGGGGUGCAGGUAGAAAAUUAUCCUAAGAUGUUUCCGCAAUGAUGCACGUGGGAGCUCCUAAUAGGUGGUGGGAACUGUUUUGCCCAAGUAUAGGAAUGAUUUUAACUAAGAUGUAUGCUAUUCCCUAUGCAACAAAUGAUCAAACAGGAUAUGUCUUGUUACCUGUUGGGUUUUUUUUUCCUUUAAGGACACAUUUUUAAUAGCUGAAAAUCUCAGAUAAUGAAUUAGGGUGUUUAGUAACACUGACAGCUAGUUAUCUUAUUUUUAAAAAUUCAAAACUAAGAAUUUAAGAAUGAAGUCUAUUAAAACGAGGUUUCUCUUAAGGAUAGGCAAAUCAAACUCAUCUUGCUUGACGUGUUUUAAAAACAGGUUCUGUUGAGGGGUGUACAGCACAUGGACUUAAAAAUGACACUGGACUGUCUUUUGUUCUGAGCCACGCCACGCACCGAGAUUGUAAAUACACUUUCCACAAAACGCAUUGCCAAUUAUUACCAUCCCUCAGAGCAAUAAACUGUGACAGUUGCAUUCAAUGUUCGUCAGCAACUGUUUCCCUUUGUUCAGAUAUUUUGAAUAGUUACACUAAUAACUGUUAUUUGGUGAAUGUAAAAACAAAUAGAUCUGUAUAUUGAUUGUAGAAUAUCCACAUUGAAACAGUUAUUUUCCAGACAUUGUUUCAUUUUGGUCAAUAAUUCAAACGACCGACCGCUUAGAUGAAGCAUUUGAACACUGUGUCCUUUGUUUAAGGAAAAAGUUCACCUUUCUUUCUGUGCAGAGAAAUAUAUCAUUUCGAUCACAUUUCAGGACCGCCAGGGCAAGAAAGUAUAGAGCAGAAUCAUGUUAGAAAAAAAAAAGAUCAUGAGUCACUUAAAUAUGUAUUUUUAUUUGUAACAAACAAGUAUUAAACUGUAAAGUAUUUUUGUACAAAUUUAAUACUUUAAUAGCAUGGUAUUUAUCGUCUAUGUAUGGUUUUGGGGAAUUCAAAAUUGUUGCAAAUAUUUGUAUGGAGAAAAAAAAACACCCUCUACCAAAUGGAAUAAACAGUGAUUUUAAAAAGCCAAAAAAAUUGGACAUGCAUUUUUUUUUUUUGGUGUGUUUUGAAGGUGUUUUCAUGUUCUAGACUGAG